UCCAUAUGAGCAAUUAUUAUUGUAUUGACUGGGCGAUUAUUUUCCUUAUUAUUCAAUGAAAAAAAAAAAAGUUAUUUCCGGGAGACUUUUUUAAGUGAUUGUAUUAAAUAUAGACAACAAUAGUUUUAAGCUAAUUUCACGGAUAUCUGUAAUGUUUAAAUAGAUUUGACGUAAUUAGGUAUACAUGGACUAUGAUAACGAUGAUGCCAUCUUUUUAAACAGUAUGAGUGACAGUAAAAAUGGCCGCCGCUAUAGGAGGGAGGCCGUUCCAAUAUCCGAGGAGAUCCGAGAAGCAGAACGCAUGAAUGAUGAUGACGUCGAUGGUGACACAGCUCAUUUCCAGUCCACGUUCGGACUCGUGCUCUCGUGCAUGGGUUGCGUGGUCGGCACGGGAAAUAUAUGGCGUUUUCCGAGGAUUGUUGCACAAAAUAGUAACGAGGAGGGUGGUCUAGUGUUCUUAAUAGUGUGGUUGAUGUUCCUUUUUCUCUGGUCAAGUCCACUGUUGUUGCUAGAAUACGGAACUGGCCGAUAUACAAAGAAGGCAGUACUCGGGUCUUUCCGGCAAUUUCUUGGCGACAACCAUAUAUGGUGUGGCGCGUGGAUAUCAAUGGUCACAUUUUGUAUUAGUUGUUUUUACUCAGUAGUGUUAGGAUGGUGUUUCUAUUAUUUCAUUUACUACAUUGGUCACAGUCUGCCGGCCAGCAAAGAGGAAGCAGACCAGACUUUUAAGGAUUAUGCAGAGGACAGUUACUGGCCGGUGUUAACGCACUUCAUCGCCAUAUUAUUCGGUGCAUUGUGUGUAACCAGGGGAGUUAAGACGAUAGAGAAAGUCAGUAUUGUGUUAGUUCCCCUCCUACUUCUAAUCAUUUUGUUCACGUUCACGUGGUCUCUAACGAGAAAAUACACAGACGUCGGCAUCAGAUUUCUGUUCACACCUCACUGGGAAUCAUUCAAGGAGCCGAGGUUAUGGGUAGAUGCCAUGAGUCAGAAUGCUUUUGAUACGGGUGCUGGUAUGGGACUCAUGAUCCCCUAUUCUGCGUACAUGACGAAAAAGAAUGGCAUUGUCAAAUAUGGCCAUCUUGUUCCUUCCAUCAACAAUCUUGUAAGUUUAUUGUGCGGGAUAACUAUAUUUGGCACGGUUUUCUCGUCUUUGAUGGAAAGUCGACCUUAUGAGACCCAGGCAGACAUUGUGAAUAUCAUGAAGGACAGCGGACCAGCAAGCACAGGGCUUACAUUUAUAUGGAUGCCGGUGCUGUUUGAGACGAUCGGGUCAUUUGGUCGUGUUAUGGCAGUGUUGUUCUUCUUAUGUCUGUCGUUUGCUGGAAUAACAUCUUUAAUGUCCAAUUUAGAGUUGAUGACUAAAACUUUCACUGAUUUUGGUUUGGACAGAAAGUACGGGAUGUCGAUAACUGUAAUAUUAACAUUUUCACUAGGAUUACCUUCAGCUUUGAAUAUAAAUAUUCUCACUAAUCAGGAUUUUGUUUGGGGUUUUGCACUUGUAAUUAACGGAAUGAUGAUGCUCUACAUGGCUAUGAGGUUUGGGAUCCGGAAGUUCCGUGACGUCAUUGUUAAUAACUAUAGUGAGAAUGACUGGAAACUUACUAUAUUCUGGGAAGUUAUUAUACGAGUUGUGGCCCCUAUUGAAGCAAUAGUUCUGAUUGUAUGGUGGGCUGUCGAUCUGAUAAAUCAGGAUGAAGGUGAUGGCGAGGCAUGGUAUACAUUCGGUCGUGAAACUCUAGUCAUGACUGUCACUCAGUGGUUCGGCCUCAUGUUGAUACUCAUCAUAUUAAACAUUAUCUACGUUCUAGUGAGAGGGAAAAGGAUCAGGACUUUCUCGUGGACCUACGAGUCUGAAUCCGAAUCCGAACCGUUGGUGGUUCCGCGCAGAGGUCCAGCUUUCACGCGAGAUUUUGACCAUUCACAUAAUGUAACACGAGAUCUCGAUGGCUCAGUAUCGGAAUUGAGAUUGUAAAGAAAAUAGUGCCUUUCGUUAUUAAUUUUUUUCAUGGAUGUGAUUUUAUGGCAGUAUUUUAUUCUUCAUAUAUUUAUAUCCGUCAUUUUUCCUGGGCUGAGAUUUUUUUGGUGACAAUAUGAUGUAUACGGCGUCCAGUUAGGACCACUGUUGGGGAAAAAUGGACGUCUUUUUUGUAACAAUAUAUUUAAAUAAAUUUGAAUACUCGCGCCCUUAUAGUAUUUAUGGAAGUUGUUUCAAGGACAAGCCUUUAUUUGAAGUUACUGAAAUUAAUACAAAAUUCUCUAUCAUCACUACGAUUUUAAAGACCUUGUUACACAAUUUUUUAUUGUUUUAUAUCAAUUAUCAUAAAUAUGAUGCUCAAAUUAAGAUUUAUCAAUUUUGUAAGUUCCAAAAAGCAUUAUUUAUAAAGAUAUUACCAAAUUUAACAUUUCAUGUAAAUAAAGGGAGGUAAUAAAAAAUUUAUUUUCUAUAAAGACUAAGUCAAAUUUUUCAAUAAGAAAUGAAUGCAUAUAUUUUAAUGAUUACAUAUAAUAUGUACAAAUAUUUCCAGUACACAUUUUACAUAUUUUACGAUGUUUGAAAAUUGUUUUAUUAGCAUAAUUAUAUACACAUAAAUAAUUUUACUUAAGUGUGGUAUACAACCUUAAUUACAACAUACAAAAUCUUUAAAGACGGUUUUUUAGUGCAUUAUUUUAGAGAGCAUAUCAGACACCGACAUUGGUGAAAAAUUGCUUUCCCUUUUUUACACAUUAUAUUGUUAUGAAUAAAACUUAUGAAAAAAUAG